GCGUUUCUUGUUUUCGGCCGGAGUUAGCUAGCGUUGCACUCGGGUGUCCUCGCAAUACAGCUCCCCGUGUCAGGGUCACGCUGUGUCCGGGAGUGUGGCUGCAAUGUACCGGAGGAUUGCUCUGACCUUAUGGGGAGACGGGAUUUGGGUCGCAGCCCGGGGGAUAACAGCCGGCACCGGGAUCUCUGCCGGUAGCAGGAAUUUGGAUCAAGCUCUUAGGUGGUUCAGUACUGGUAGUGUCCUCCGAUGUGAAAAAAAUAAGCCUCCUUCUCCCGAGACGAAUGACUCUGCCAAACAUUCAGAAGAUGUGCAGGAAAAGGCAGAAGAACAGCCAGCCAAGGAGAACUUAUUUGGUUUAAUCGGUGGCAUGAAAGUUGAAAUAAGCUCAAAGAGGAGAUUUCAGGCUUUGAAGGUAUCUAAAUCUAAAGGACAUGGUGCAGAACAAGUUGACAACCUGGAAAGUGCAAGCAGCAUGUUCCAAAGGGUUUCAGAAGAAAGCAGUGUAGAAAGUAGCAAGCCGCUAAGUCCGGAUCUGGUGGCCGCGGUCUCUGCCGUUGCGUCAUCACUCCCAUUAGACAAAAAGCAAGUGGAAUCUGAGCUCCUACAACAGCUACGCAAACAUGAACAAGAGACCGAUGCACAGAGAAAAGGAGAAAGCUUCAUCAGUGACAUAAUCUCUGAUAUGAAGAUUGGGAAGCAGUCCAGAUCCAGAUCUCUAUCCCGGCACACUAACGAGAUUCAGUUUGAUGAUGACAGCCAAGGGUACGCCAUGACCAGGGGUGUCACGCAAGAACUUGGUGGUGUCAAAAGGAGAGGGCUAUAUACUGGAAAGCGUCUGAACGUAUUUCCUGUUGUUGCCGAUGCAGAACAGUCGAGUGAAACAGAGUUGACUCCUAGCCUGUGGGAGCUGGAACUGGCCAAUCAGAUAGCAUCAUCCUGUGAACAGCCACCCAGAAACGGCUUUGAGGAGAUGAUUCAAUGGACAAAAGAGGGAAAACUUUGGACAUUUCCAAUUGACAAUGAAGCUGGCCUUGACGAGGAGCAGAAGGUAGAGUUCCAUGAGCACAUAUUCCUGGACAAUUACCUGGAAAACUUUACAAAACAAGGGCCAAUUCGUCAUUUCAUGGAGCUUGUGAUUUGUGGCCUUUCUAAAAACCCAUACCUUACCGUCCAGCAGAAAAGGGAUCACAUAGAAUGGUUCCGGGAGUAUUUUGAGCAAAAAGAGGACAUUUUAAAGGAAAGUGAUGUUUAUCUCAACUAACCAGGGAGAAGAGAAGCACUCUUAAAGCAAUUGAAGAUCCUGCAGUAACCCCCCACAUUGGCUCAUUGUGGAUAUCAUUCCAGUCAACUGUGUCUGGACUCCAAAAACAAAAAGUACGAAAGGAACUUAACAGCAGGUCUACACCUUUCUAAUUCCUCCCAUAAAUCUAUAAACACCAUGUCACAUAGUCAACGAAGAGAUUUAAAAAAAUAAGGCAAUUCCACUAUUAUGUGUAUUUUUUUUUUCAAUAAAGAAUUAAACCAUGAAAA